UGGAGAGCAGAACGCAAGCAGAAAAGCUUGGAGAACGACGCUCGAAGGUUGUCAUUGCCAGAGAGAAGGGAUAGAAUUGUCUUUAAUGAGGGUUCUUUUGAAGAGGAAAACAAACUUUUUGAAAAGUAUUUUGUCAAUUUAGUAGACCCUGAAUCGAUCUUGGUCGAGGAUCGUGACAGCAAGUGUAAAUAUUAAAAAGUGAAAUGAUGGCAAACGUGAAUACACUUUAACGGAUCAUUUUACUGGACAAAAUUCAAAUUUGAUAGAUUCUCUUCCAUAUAUUUUAAAGAGUUAAUUUUAUCGUAUUGACAAUGAACAUAAUUAUUUUAAUUCUGGCAUUUUGGAGCGUGUCGGUGUGUUAUUCACGGAGAAUAGAUGUUUGUAAGCCGACGACACCGGACGUGCUAGGGCCGUAUUAUUAUCCCGAUCCUCCACUCCGACGUCAAAUUUGCGACCGAGAUCGCGCGUUUCAUGGUCAACGUCAUCUCCUCGUCGAAGGGCGUGUAUUAGACGAAAGCUGCAAACCUAUUCCGGACGCGCGAAUCGAAGUAUGGCAAGCAGACUUUGGUGGACACUAUCUCUUUAAAGACAAAUGCCGUGGUCAUAUGUUCAGUGGUCAAAGUGGCCACUUUGCGUUUCUUACAUUAAGACCUGGUAAAUACUCGACAGAUCCAACGAAAACGCUUUUCCGACCAGCGCAUAUUCAUUUUCGCGUUGUCAAACCAGGUUUUGACAUUUUGAUAACUCAGAUGUACUUCAAUGGAGAUUCGAACCUUGGUAAAAACGAUUCUUGUAGAGAUUGUUCCUCCAAAAGCGCUGAUUUGGUCGUUAAACUUCACGAAAUGUGCGCAGACAAUACAAAGCGGUAUUGUUUCAACAUUGCACAUUUUGACAUUGUCCUAAAAAGUGGCGAUAAAAUCGACGUGGUCCAAGAUAGCGAUGACUCAUUACCAGAGUUGCUUGACAUUGCUGAAGUCGGGAAAUAGGUGUGCUUUAAAAGUAAAUUUUGACUCAGCCUUAACUGUUAUACAGAUGGAUUCUCAUUUAACUCAUCGUGAAGAAGGAAAACAAUAUUAACCGUGGCGUUUAUUGUGUUGAAAACAAUAACUGGGAGAAAAAGAGAGGACGAAUAACGCACAUAUCUGGAAACAUUUAAUAAAUGUGGACAGAGUAUGACGGAUUGACUUAGUGAGACUGUUGUUGUUGUUUCUGUUACAUAACUAUUAAUUCUGGCAUAAUGACUAUUUUUGUUCCAGCAACAGAGAUUUCUAAAUUUGUUUGGUAAUCUUAUUAGCAUUUCUGUUGUCGUUCGGAUUUUUUUCUUCAUAUUUGUUGUUAAUGAAUAAAAGACGCAAAAAUA